CCGCUUCCUUCCGCUCUGGGCAGGAGGAGGUGGAGCGGGCGGAGGCGGUGGCUGCCGGGCGGUGGAUGGCGGCGAGCGGCGGCGCCGGGCUGCUGCCCUUCCUGCGCCUGCUGGGGCAGCUCAAGAGAGUACCACGGACAGGAUGGGUGUACAGGAACGUGGCGAAGCCAGAGAGCGUAUCCGAUCAUAUGUACAGGAUGGCAAUGAUGGCUUUGGUGACUGAAGACAAAAGCCUUAACAAGGACAGAUGCAUACGAUUAGCUUUGGUUCAUGAUAUGGCUGAAUGCAUUGUUGGAGAUAUUGCUCCUGCAGAUAAUAUCUCAAAAGAGGAGAAACACAGGAGAGAAGAGGCAGCUAUGCAAGAACUGACCCAGCUUCUAUCAGAGGACCUCAGAAAAGAAAUCUAUGAACUCUGGGAAGAAUAUGAAAACCAGUCUACUGCAGAAGCCAAGUUUGUAAAACAGUUGGAUCAGUGUGAGAUGAUUCUACAAGCAUUUGAGUACGAAGAGUUGGAAAACACACCUGGCAGAUUGCAAGAUUUUUAUGAUUCAACUGCUGGAAAGUUUUUUCACCCAGAAAUACUUCAGCUGGUAUCUCUGAUUAACACAGAAAGGAAUAAAAAAAUAGCUGCUACAUCUCAUCCACAUUCCUGAGGUGCUCCUAAAUGCUGUAGCUAUAAUAAAUACUUUGUUUUAUAUUCUGU